GCCUGUCCUAUCCAGAUUUGGCGCUAAUCCUAAAUCUAAUUCCUGCCCCCACCCCCCUGUGACACAGGAAAGCCUGAUUCGCGGAUGCAGGAAGAGUGUGUAUGGGGUUUGAGGAAGUCCAGCAGAAAGAGCACGCGCAUGGUUGUGCACGGCUCCUUUAAGGCGCACGGAGGAGAAUAUCGGUGUGAAACAGAGAACAGAACAGAGAGCCUCUCCCCCCCUUCAUCUCAAUCCGGUCUGUGCGUCUCCGGACGCUUGGAGAGCGACAUGAAGAUCCUGUAGGCUCUUUUCUCCGCGUCCUCGUCCUUCUCCUCUCCUCCUGAUUAUUAUCCGGGAAUCUGAUAACGGAUACCGAUUAUUGUCUAGGUGGGAUCAUGGUUUAUUGAGGAAACGCGGUGUGAAGGUUUCCAGCUGAAGCGGUCAUGCAGUGAGUCGGAUCCGAGCUGAGUGCACUGCCAGGGCGUUGGCAUGGCCCAGGGAUGAAUGGUGAAGGGGCGCCCGGCAGCCCGGAGCUCUCCUCGUGCCCGCUGCCUGACUGGAAGGAGUUCUGUGAGUUGCAUGCCCGUGCCUCUGCUUCCGACUUCGCCCACAAGUUCCGUCAAUUUGUCACAGAGAACCCAUGCUACGACGCACCCGGAGCUGAUGCCAGCUUCUCGCGUCACUUUGCUCGACACUUCCUGGACUGCUUUGCUGCUGCACUAAAUCGGGCACAUCAACCCGGCUCACCUGGUGCUUCCUUAGCACCCAAGUACGCAAUUGCGCCCUUUGCAGGGAUUCAGGGCUGCCCGCUUCCGUCCUACAACCACGAGCUCUACCAGCGCCGGAAAGACACAGGUGCCUCCAGCGAAUCACUGGACAGCAUGGACAGUGGAGGGGGUGGAGCCUCUGCAAGCUCCACCCUCCAUGGGCACAGGGUAACAGCACUGGGCCAGUCACGAAGCUCGGAGGAUGUUUCCAUGGGUCACUCUAAGGCCCGUUUCAAGAAGGGUUUCUCGUUGAGGAACAUGAGCCUGUGUGUGGUAGACGGGGUGAGGGAGAUCUGGCAACGCCGGGCACCUCCUGAGCUAGACACAGUGAGCACUGGUGUCAGGAAGUCAAAUGGAGCUGAGGCAGGUGGACAUGAGCAUUGGAGCCAGAAGCUGAGGUUGGCACGGGGCUUGCAGGGUCACCGUGUUGAGCUCCUAGAGAUCCAGCGGGAGGGCACUCUGCGCUACAUGGUGGCAGAUGAUACUAACUGUAUGGGCACUGCACAGUGGCAGAAGUGCAGGUUGCUGCUCAGGAAGACAAGAAGCAACUCGGAAGGUGGCGAGAAGUUCCUGCUUGAGUUUUAUGUACCACCAAAGUCCUCGAAGCCAAAAGUGAGCGUGCCUUUGUCUGCCAUUGUGGAGGUGAGGACAACGAUGCCUCUGGAGAUGCCCGACAAAGACAACACAUUCGUGCUCAAGGUGGAAAAUGGUGGCGAGUAUAUCUUGGAGACCAUCGACUCUCUUCAGAAGAACUCCUGGGUUGCUGACAUCCAGGACUGCAUAGAUCCUGGGGACAGCGGCGAUGACAUCGAGCUUGCGUCAUGUCCACACGGCCAACCGUCCAAAGAAUUCUCCAUGGUGGCCUCCUGCAGCUGUGAGCUCCUCUCUGAAGGUGUACACCGAGGCCCUGAGAGAACGUGUGCCGCAGCUGCCGAUCAUUACAGCGCCCCUACUGUCCGCUGCAGGGAACUACCGUUCACACAGCACCCCUCGCACGUGCCCUUAGAGCGUUUUCUGCAGCUGCCAGAGGCUCAGAGUACAAGCCCAUCAUCAGGUCCUGGUGAACCUCCUGUGGAGACGGACGUGGCUGCCACUCUCAUUGGUUACCCAUGGUUCCAUGGGACUCUAUCACGUGUGCGAGCAGCCCAGCUGGUACUGGCAGGUGGAGCUCGAAGCCACGGCCUGUUCGUGAUCCGCCAGAGCGAGACGCGGCCAGGAGAAUAUGUUCUCACUUUUAACUUUCAGGGAAAAGCCAAGCAUCUGCGGUUGUCGGUGAAUGAAAGCGGCCAGUGCCACGUCCAUCACCUCUGGUUCCAGACGGUGUGUGACAUGCUGAGGCAUUUCCACACUCACCCAAUCCCACUGGAGUCCGGCGGCUCUGCUGACAUCACGCUGCGCUCAUACGUGCAGGUGCAGCGCAAUUCCUCAGAUGUUCCCAACGUCGCUACUCCUUCACGGGAACCCAGCUGCCGGAGCGAGGCGGCUCAGCCGAGCCUUCAUCUUCCUGGAGUUUCGCAGCUUCCAGCGACCCCUGUGCAUGAUACUCCACUCUCCUCCAGCUCCUCUUCCUCACCCACAGCCCAUGGAGGUCUCCGGAGCAGGAGCAACAGCUCUGAAAGACUGCUGGAACUCCCCGCUGGCACCGCAGAGGAGUACAACGACAACGACGGGACUCGGAGGACCAGAGCCGUGGAGAAUCAGUACUCUUUUUACUGAAAUCCAGCAAGAGCAAGAAAACAACAGCACGCAGGGAGGAAAUAAACACGAUAAUGUUUACCGCUGCUCGUUAAGAAACAACUUGUAGGUUUCGUUAUUUGUUGCCAGUCUUUACUGAAUACGGUAUUUCCUACGUGAGACAUUUUCAAACGUGUCUUCAACAGCAAAGUCGAGUUGGUUGGAGUCCCAGCAACCCUUGGGAUCCAGACACACACCUUAAGGACACACGACAUUUUCUACGGUCUCUUGCUUCUUCAGGUAACAUGGCUGUUCACGUAGAGAAGGAGUAGGAUAUACUUCUUCUUAAAGAACAGUACAUCUGGUUGCUCUUUGCAGCCAAAUACCCUACGCGAAUUGAAUUGUUGCUUAGAAAGCCAUCUUUUAAGAUCAGAGGUCCUAAAGCACUUUUCAAAGACUUCCUACAUCCUGUCGUUUCCAUCACAGCCUUUGAAUUCGAGAAAGGAAGUCUUUGAGUCUCACAAGGAUCUAUACACAUCUGUAAAUCCUUCUUAAGAAGUAAAUCACACCGUUAAUUCUUUGUUUUUCUUCUUUUUCACUUUUACAACAACAAACAAAGCCAUAACCAAAUGUAGAAGGAAGUUGUUUGGAGUUCCUGUGAGUGUCCAAAUUUUGAGGACAAUAUAGAGGCAAAGAUGUGAGGAAAAAUCAUAAAUUCAUCGGGUAAUUUUUUACAAUUUCGUAUAUAAGAAAACAGGAAAACAAUUUAAAAAAUAUAUAUAAAUAAAUUUAAAAAAUGGACCAUCUUCGAAAGCAAAGGUGACAUGCUGUUUUUGUGACAUGCGUAGUACCCUUUAAAGACUUGUUAAGGAAUUCAUCUUUUGAUCGAGUUUGGUCAUUUUUUUCCCCCUACAGAGGAAAAAUUCAAUCAACACCCAACAUCCCUAAAAGUAGAAGUGAGUUCUUGGCUGAAUUCCCAGUCCCAAUCUCUGACCAGAGGCCUCAAAGCAUAUUUUCUUCAUUUUCUUAUCUUCAGGCAACAUGGCUAUUGGUUUACACUAUCACGCAGCCUUUCCUAUACAGUUCCACAAAAUGUGGAAAAACUCAAAAGGGGGUUGAAUACUUAUGUAAAGCCAAAAGUAUUCAACCCCCUUUUGAUUUUUUUUUUUCCCCUUCACAUUUUGUAGUGUUCUAACCUGAAACUGAAAUGGAUUUAACCGGAUUUGUCCAGAAAAAAAUAUCAAUCUAGCUAAAAUACUGUGUAGAUGUAGAUUCAUGAGCUAUAAUCUCAGUUACAGCUUGUAACACUACAAAAUGUAGUAAAGCUCAAGGGGUGUGAAUACUUGUGCAAGGCAUUGUAUCUUUUAAUGGCGCACGGGCGUACGGUGGCUUAGUGGUUAGCAUGUCCGCCUCACACCUCCAGGGUCGGGGGUUCGAUUCCCACCGUGUGGGAGUUUGCAUGUUCUCCCCGUGCUGCGGGGGUUUCCUCCGGGUACUCCAGGUUCCUUCCCACAAAGACAUGCAUGGUAGGCUGAUUGAAAGUGUCCCUAGUGUAUGAAUGGGUGUAUGAAUCCUGCGAUGGAUUGGCACCCUGUCCAGGGAUAGGCUCCAGGUUCCCUGUGACCCUGAUAUAGAAUGACAGAUGAUAGAUUUUCAAACAAGGAUCCCAAACAGUGGAGUCGUAUCUUCCACCAGGGGCUCUGAAACACCCUAUACACUAUAUUCUAUCCUAAAAAGUGAAAGUGAUGACUUGGCUACUGAAGUCCUGAAGCUCCCUUCCUGUACGUACUUCAGCCUUUCUUUCCAUUCUGCUUUUUUUUUUUUUUCUUUUUGUUUUUUUGGCCAACAUCGCGAGUGUGCCGUUGAUAUCAUACAGUGCGUUCCUUUUCCAUAGAGGAAGCUGUCGUGUUGAGACAUCUGCCAGCGGUUAGUCUCCCGCAAUCCGUUUCCUGCAGAUGCCUCUUGCUCCCACCUUUCUUUUUUCAAAGAAAGGUCUUUUACGAAGUUAAAAGCUGCUCAGUGAAAUCGAUUUCCCCAGAGUGCUCCACUUGUUUUUGUGAAGCUGUUGGUAGAAUGUUCCGGACAUCCUGUCCUUUGGGCUUUGCGGAGAUAGCUUCCCACAACUUUGACGUGGGGUGAAGCGGGUCAGUCUCCAGAAGUAAAUGGUUAGUAAUUAACCCAAUAUAAAAAAAAAAAAAAGCUUUCUGUUUUGUAAAAUGGCGUAGCGUUGAUAUAUAUCGAAUACAAACACUAACACGUUCCUUAGUGCGCAAAUCCAAAUGCUGGCACAUUUUUUUUUUUUUUUGAAAGUUUUCAACCCAACAUGAGCUACCUAUGUUCUACCUAUGCUAUGUUUGCCAUUACAACCUCCUCUCACAUUGUACAUAUGGUAAAAGGCUAGAAUAAUAACCUACUAAUACACAGUUCUCGCUAUUAUUCGCCCUGCACAAAGGGAUUGUAAUUCUGUAAGGACAGUAUAUCAGCGCUAGAGGAAUAACAGACGUAAUUAGUUCAUUAAUGAGUUGUAGUUUUUGGAGAACUGAUUGAUUUGAUGUCCUGAUAUCAUGAUAUUCAUAUCAUCAUUGCCUAAUCGAUAUUGUAUUUAUAAUGUAAAAAAAACCCAAAAAACAAAAAAAACCCCACUAUUAUUAUUUUUCGUCCUCACAAAAUACCCAGAGUCUUUGAAACGGAUCAUCCUAAUUGCUACUGUAUAUAAAAGGAAUAAAACCUAAUGGGACGUGCUGUUAUAGGAAAAUAAUCAGUGAUGAUUCAGUGCCCAGUGUGAAGCAGAGUUACUGUCACUCACUUUUUCCAAUAACAGUACCCGAAGACUUACAUUUACAGGUUUAGCUCUGACCGUUGUAUAUUAAAGCUCUGACGCUGGAGACUCCUUACAAAAUUAAAAAAAAAAAGUGAAAUAAACAUCUCCUCACAGAACUGUUACUUUAGAAAUAACAGAUUAGAACAUAAAUGACAGGAAUGACAGGCCCAUAAGAUUAUUCAGGAAUUUGACCCACACACACACACACACACACACACACACACACACACACACACACACACACACAGACACACACACACACACUCUUUUGGUUUAAAAGUAGGCAGACAGAGAGAGAAAGUCACAGAGCCACGUGUGCCAAUCUGAAUCAUAUUUUUGAAACCUAUUUAUUUCUCAGCUGCUGUAAAUAUAAUUUUAAGUUCUGUAGUUUCACCAUCUAUUAUACACACAAUAUAUAUAUAUAUAUAUAUAUAUAUAUAUAUAUAUAAAUCCAUGUGUAAUCUUGGUUUGUUUAUGUUAAUAACUGGUUUUCUGUUGUGGUUCUUGUUUUCAUUCUCUUUGUUACUUUUUUUGGGGUCUGGCUGAGUUUUAAUGAAUGAGUUUGUGCAAUUUUGUACAAAGUGAUGUACUUGACAUACUACUUUAUAUUUCUGUGAAUAAAAACAGAGUGAACAAACCUGUUAACAAAUGACCUUGGCCUCUGUUUUCUUUAAAGAAAGAUGGGGGCGGGGAGAGAGAAACAGUGGAGCUCAAGGAGGGCUGGGUUAAACAUGAUUAGAUGAAAUAUUGGUAA